AUGAAAACAUUGUUCCUUAUUGCAUUGAUUGCUAUUGCAUUCACAGCUAGAGUCUAAGAAAGAAGUCUAUCAAAAAUUACAACAGAUUUGAAAAAGAGUAAAUAUGGAAGUGCUCUUCUUCAUUUAGUUGAACUACAUUCCAUGGCUGGUGGUCCAGUCUAAGAGUUGAUUGAUGCAAUUGAAGAAUUAAUUAAUGAUCUUGAAGAAGAAUUAGAAGAAUUAGAAUUCAAUUUCUAAUAGAGAACAAAUGAGCAUAAUUCAAUGGUCAUAGGAUAUCAAUAAGAUAUUUAGGAUGCUGUUAUAGGUAUUAUACUAACAAAUAUGUAGAUGUAAACAACACUUAAGACACUUUAGAUAAUUUAUUAUUUCCAAGAAGAGAACAACUUUAAGUUAGAAUUGAAUAAAUUUAAGAAAAUUAAGAGGCAAAUAGAAAAAAUUAUGAUGAAGCUGUACUUACAAGAGAAUAAGAACACGAAGAUUUUGAAUUCUAAAUUGCAGAAUUGAAUGAUGCCACUGCAGCAGUAGAUGAUGCUCUUGCUCUCCUUUCCUCAUUAACAAAUCCAUCACUCCUUUAGAUUAAGAGAUUCUAAAAUUCUUUAAAAAAUAUUGAAAAAAAGAUCAAAUCAAGAUCAAAGAUGGCUCCAAUGAUCAAGGCACUUAUUACAUUAGCUUCAAAUUAAAAUUUCUCAGAUUAAGGCAUUAUUGGCUAAAUUGUUGAUGCUCUUAAUGAAUUUAGAAAUGCAAUUGUUGAUUCAAUCAAUGCCUAAACAGCUGCUGAGGCUGAUGCUUAAACUGAACAUGAAGAAUAUCUUGAAUAAUUGGAUGCUGAAUAUGCUGAAUUUUAGAGAUAAAUCAACAGAGUUAAUGUUGACUUGACUGCAACAAAUGGUAAGAAAAAUUUGAAUAAUAUUUAGAAAAAAUCGAUUAAUUAAGUGAAUUUAGAGACUAAAGAGAAGCUGAUAGAAAAUAAUAUACAGCAGAACUUGAAUUAGAAAAUAACACUUAUGCUUAAGAAACAGAUAUCUAUACAAACUUAAAAAAUGAAUUUACAAGAGAACUUGGAAUUAGUGAACAAGCAUUGUCAGUUGUUUAAAGCGCUGACUUUAGUAACAUUUAAGUUUGAAA